UCUCUCCGGGUUGCAUGUACUGUAUGUGGAGCAGUGUACAGUGAAGCGGAGGCAGAGCGGCUCCGCGAGCUCCUCUCCACUUUCCCAUAGAGGAACCCUGACUGGCCGCUGAGGGCGAGCCACACACACGCCCUCACGCCCGGCGAGCCCGCGAGGUCACUAUCAUAUGACAAAGGCUUUGCUGCAGUUCAUCUUCCUCCCUGUGUACUUUCCAUUUGCCUUCCCGGAAUCCUGCUGCAUCACAGAAGCUGGAAAUUCUGAUGUUCCAUUCAAAUCACAAUGGAAAGUCUUGACUUGACCGGCACCCUCAGGAAGACCCCAAGCCUCUAGCAGUACCUGGUAUCAUCUCCAGCAUGUUUAUAGAUGUGGAGGAUUCACUGGGAUAUUGAGAAAUACCAGAGGCGAGUUGUUCUACCGUAGUCACAGUAAUGAAAGGCAGUAAUAGAAAUAAAGAUCACUCAGCAGACGGAGAAGGGGCUGGAAAACGACCAAAACGAAAGUGUCUUCAGUGGCAUCCAUUGCUAGCAAAGAAACUGCUUGACUUUUCAGAAGAGGAGGAAGAGGAAGACGAAGAGGAGGAUAUUGAUAAGGUUCAACUUCUUGGGGCUGAUGGCCUAGAGCAAGAUGUUGGUGAGACUGAUGAUGAAUCACCAGAACAGCGAGCCCGGAGACCAAUGAAUGCAUUUCUCUUAUUUUGCAAACGUCAUCGCUCCCUUGUACGACAGGAACACCCCCGGCUUGAUAACCGAGGUGCUACCAAGAUACUGGCUGAUUGGUGGGCUGUUCUAGAUCCAAAGGAAAAGCAGAAAUACACAGACAUGGCCAAGGAGUAUAAAGAUGCAUUUAUGAAAGCGAAUCCUGGCUAUAAAUGGUGUCCUACCACAAACAAGCCUGUGAAAUCCCCAACACCCACUGUUAAUCCACGAAAGAAACUGUGGGCCUUCCCAUCUGAGUCUUCAAGAGAUUUGCCAAGCCCCAAGAAAGCAAAGACCGAAGAAAUGCCUCAGCUAAACUUUGGAAUGGCUGAUCCUACUCAGAUGGGAGGCCUGAGCAUGCUACUUUUAGCUGGAGAACAUGCUCUUGGAACAUCAGAGAUAUCCUCUGGCAGUUGUAGGCAGGAUGUUUCCGAAUCCCCUGAAUUGCGUCAGAAAUCACCAUUAUUUCAGUUUGCUGAGAUAUCUUCAAGUACGUCUCACCCUGAUGCUUCUUCAAAGCAGUGUCAAGCCUCAGCCUUGUUUCAGUUUGCAGAGAUUUCUUCAAACACUUCGCAGCUGGGUGGUGCGGAACCUGUGAAACGCUAUGGAAAAUCUGCACUCUUUCAACUGGCAGAGAUGUGUCUGGCAUCAGAGGGGGUUAAAAUGGAGGAAUCAAAGCUAAUGAAGGCAAAAGAAUCAGAUGGUGGAAGAAUUAAAGACUUGGAGAAGGGAAAGGAACAAAGAGAAAUAAAAAUGGAGAAAACAGAUGAAGCCAGGUCACAGAAGGAAGCAGAAUUUGAAAAAUCAGCUAAGGAAAAUGUAAGAGAUUCUAAGGAACUAAGAAAUUUUGAGGAGCUACGAAUGGAUGAUACAAUGGAUAUAAAAAUGGAAGAUCCCAAAGAAAUUAAAAAGGAAGAACUAGAAGAAGAUCAAAAAUGUAGUCACUUCCCUGAUUUUUCUUAUUCUGCCAGUAGCAAGAUAAUAAUAAGCGAUGUUCCCAGUAGAAAGGAUCAUAUGUGCCAUCCUCAUGGAAUUAUGAUCAUUGAGGAUCCCACAGCAUUAAACAAACCAGAGAAACUAAAAAAGAAAAAGAAGAAAAACAAAAUGGAUCGACAUGGAAAUGAUAAAUCCACACCCAAGAAGACUUGCAAAAAGAGGCAGUCUUCAGAGUCUGACAUUGAGAGUGUUAUAUACACCAUUGAAGCCGUUGCAAAGGGAGACUGGGGCAUCGAGAAACUCGGAGAAACCCCUCGCAAGAAGGUCCGCACAUCUUCAAGUGGCAAGGGAAGCAUUUUGGAUGCCAAGCCACCAAAGAAAAAAGUGAAAUCAAGAGAGAAGAAAAUGUCAAAGGAGAAAUCCUCAGACACCACCAAAGAGUCAAGACCUCCAGAUUUCAUUAAUAUUUCUGCCAGCAAGAACAUUUCUGGUGAGGUGCCAGAGGGUAUAAAAGCAGAACCAUUGACCCCCACGGAGGAUGCAUUACCACCGAGCCUAUCUGGACAGGCCAAGCCUGAGGAAAGUGACUGUCACAGAAAAAUAGAGACUUGUGGCUCCCGGAAAUCUGAGAGGUCUUGCAAAGGUGCUCUUUAUAAAACCCUGGUGUCUGAAGGCAUGCUCACCUCUCUGCGAGCUAAUGUUGACAGAGGGAAACGAAGCUCAGGAAAAGGAAACUCCUCUGACCAUGAAGGGUGUUGGAAUGAAGAAAGCUGGACGUUUAAUCAGAGUGGGACCAGUGGGAGCAAGAAGUUCAAGAAGACCAAGCCAAAGGAAGAUUCUCUCCUUGGCUCAGCAAAGCUGGAUGAAGAAUUUGAAAAGAAAUUCAACAGCCUCCCUCAAUACAGUCCUGUUACAUUUGACCGGAAAUGUGUACCUGUCCCAAGAAAAAAGAAGAAGACUGGAAACAUGGCCUCGGAACCGACUAAAACCAGCAAAGGUCCUUUCCAGUCUCAGAAAAAGAACUUAUUCCACAAAAUUGUCAGCAAAUAUAAGCACAAAAAGGAGAAGCCUAAUGUUCCGGAAAAAGGAAGUGGGGACAAAUGGUCAAACAAGCAACUCUUCUUGGAUGCCAUUCACCCUACAGAAGCCAUAUUUUCAGAAGACAAAAACACCACAGAGCCUGCUCAUAAGGUUAAAAAUGCCCUAUCCAUUCCCAACACUCCAGAGCCAACAACAACUCAAGAACCCUUGGUGGGCAGCCAAAAGAGAAAAGCAAGGAAAACCAAGAUCACUCACCUUGUCAGGACAGCAGAUGGCCGGGUGUCACCAGCAGGAGGUACUUUGGAUGACAAACCAAAGGAACAACUGCAGAGGAGUCUCCCUAAAGUGACCGAGUCCGGCUGCAGUGAUGACUGCUCACACAACACUGAGGCCGCGGAGACACGGAGCAGCACUCCGGAGAUGCCAGCCGUGUCUGCGUUCUUCAGUCUCGCCGCGCUGGCUGAAGUGGCCGCCAUGGAGAACGUACACAGAGGUCAGAGGUCCACUCCGCUCACCCACGAUGGACAGCCAAAAGAAAUGCCACAGGCUCCUGUACUUAUUUCCUGCGCUGACCAGUGAAGCGUCCUUUAAUUGUAAAACAUUGUGCUUUACCUACUACCCUAGCCUUGUCUUUACGGAGGGAUGCUAGUGAGUCCAUGUGGUGGAAAAUAUAGACUGCAAACAAGUGCUUGUUGCCCUACACGGCCCAGAUUCACUUGAAGCAGAAGUUAGCAUCCUGGGCCCGUUUGUUCUUUUGGAACCCAGAGUCUUUGAGGGUGAGGUUAUCUGUCUGAUAAUGAGCAGAAACAGAAUGAUCCUGGAGCUUUGCUUUCUAUUGAAGGCUUUUGACGGUAAUAGGUGGUAACUUGGUAAAAGGCUGCCUUUACUGUAGAUCAUCCAGCAUCUCUUUUACCAACCGGAGAGUGUGAAACUAGUUUCGUAUAUUACCUAGUUAUUCUUUCAAAACAAAAACAAAAAACAAAAAAACAAAAACUGACGCACUGCACUAGUUAUUAUUAGAUAUUCUUAGUCUUUUUUGUACAUGGAGAUUUAAGUUCUAAGAUGGUUUAUAUAAUAGGUUAUACCUACAUUUAUAUUGUAGAAUAAUAUUAAAAAGCCUGUUCCAGAGACCCCCAAGCAGCACGGGCAGGCACAUGUACCAUUGUUAGCGGUGUAUGCUCGGCCUCGUGGUCCAUAUAUUCUGCACUUUUAUAUUUGCCACCAGAGUGGUAGUUUGCUGGUGAAAAGGAAGAGAGAGAGAGAGAGAGAGAGAGAGAGAGAGAGAGAGAGAGAGAGAAAAUUACAAUUCUUACAAGCUGAGUUUUUUUCUUAGCCUUGAGUGACUAAGAAGAAUUUGCUUGGGGCAAAUUGUGGCAAAUAUUUUCCCAGACAGGGGAAGAGUCCUACAGAUUACAGAUUACUGAUGUUUUCAUGCCUUGAGGAUUCUUUUAUUUUUACACAGGGGUCUAUGUGACCAAUGGAUCGUUCAUACAAACAAAAAAAGAAAAAUAUUAUUCAGAAGUGACCUUAGUAUUACUUCACUAUCCUAAACACAUUGAAGACACUCACUUCAUGUGGACUUUGAGCUACAGACCUUUUACAUCCAUCCCAGACAGACUGGACGGGUAGCAAUUGCUAUGCACAGCCUAAUUGGCACUGCAGGUUUUUAGAGCCAUUUUGAGUUGAUGUUGUCAAGGAGGUGUUGAAUGAAUAAAUGCCGAGGGAGGGAUGCCUGACCAGAGUGGGAUUCUUAGUCACAGAUCCACCUGCAAGUUUGUUUCCUUUUUGUGUUUUGUUGCUUUCGGACAUAAAACCAACCAUACAUAUGCCAGUGCCAAGUGGAUUACCUGGCUUAUCCGAACAUUCGACAUACGACUUAACCACCUGACAUUCACACUGUCUUGUUUCCUAGCAACACAUGCAAAGUGAUAAAUCAAAAUUAGUCGGAGGCUACCGAGUUUACAGGGUAUUUGUUCCAUAGCACAAAGUAGAUCCCCACUCUUGCAUCACAGCACAAACUACCAAAUUUUAAUUAUUGGAUUCCAGCAAUAAUUUUUAUUGGUUUUCAAACUGGCGGAAUUUUGAUAGCGUUAGUUCGAGUUUGAAGCUUUUGAAUUAGAUCUCUAAAUGAUGACCGUUUACAAGGUUUUAUCUAGCUUUCUUAUUUAUACUUGACUGAAUUGUAAUGAUGAUUUUUUUUUUCUAAUCGUAAUCUGACCUAAUAGCCAUACAAAAAACGACUCUAUUAGUACUGACUAGGUUUAGCUUUUCAUAGUUGUAGAUAUUACUUCAGUUUCGGUGCUGGAAAAUAUGUACAACAUACUAACAAUUGAAAAGAAUAUAGGGAUUUGUUUGGGUUGUUUUUUUCUUCAAAGCAGGUAAAGAGGACAGCAGAGCAUUGGAAUGGUGUCCUCAAAAAUGCAUAAACAUUGUGGGCGUGGAGGAAGAAGGAUUUAGAAAGCUAGUUAGUCCGAGGUUAAAGCUUAACCCCAUUCACGUAGAAAUAAAUCAGGUGAGCAGCCCCAGAUUUUAGCAUAAUAUUUUUACUAUGAUGCUGUUUUAUUAAUAUUUUCUAAAUUUCAAAACACAAAGUGAAUGUUUGAAAAUUGCUGGGUCCCAAUGUUGGUGGCUGUUGGAGUUUUUGGACCACUUGCUAGCAGUGAUUUAAAAAUUAUAAUUAGCUAAAAAUCCAAAAACAAAACAAAAUGAAACAAAACAAAAACCAACAACAGAAAUUGUUUGGUGCAGAACAUGCACCUUGACAAUGGUACUAACUUGUUAUUCUCUAGAACACGUUAGAAUAGAUCUAUUUUUGCCAGAGCACCGUCCUUCAAUCCUCCAGUUACAUUUCACUAGAUUUCCUUAAGAGAUUGCUGUAUAUUCAUGGGACCUUUUUUAAAAAGAAGCAAAACAAAAGAUUACUUUUUUCUAUGUGAUUAAUAUCUUACUUGAUCUGCUUUUCCUAAACCUCAGUGGCUUUUCCCUUAGGCAGGGGUGGGGUGGGAGGGCAACCUACUGGAUAUGACUGUUUUCAGAUACUUAAAAAAACAAAAAACACACAAAAAAAACUUUUUGUAGAAAUGCUUAAUUUUUAAGCGGUUAGGCACUGAGAGUAGCAGAAAUCCUGCAAAGCUUUAUAGUCCUUUAGACACUCGCCUUGUUGUUUCUCUGAGUGAAGUCUUGAUUUCAAUACUAGUGCUUUUCUCAUGCCCUGAAUCCGCUGGUGAGGGGUGUUGGCAUUUUCAGGUAACAAUAUUUGUUAGCACAGAUAUUCCCAACCAACAUGUAGUGCCCCCCCAUCUACCAUUUUCAUUUCAUUUAUCUUAUUCUUUUAUAUUUUGGAAAAUCAUAUUGCUAUGGUGUGUACCUUAAUCUGCCAGCAAACACCAUUGACACUAACAUUUGUCCCACAAGCAUCCUCAAGAGAAGAAGUUCUUGCACCUUAUGUAUAUCUCAAGCAAACCAAAAUACGAUGCCUGCUUUGUUUUAUUCUAAAUUGUUGUAUCAUAUCUUUCUGAAAAACCAUUCUGAAUCUAGUUGAAAUUAUCGAUAUUUAUGCUUUUAACCUUAAUUUCUGGAUUCAAACCUGUAUAUAAAUCUUUUGAAAAAAAAUGUCCUAGCCCUUCUCUGUGAUGCCGAAGUGGAUGAUUUAGUCUCAGAUGGAGACGCAGUACUGUUCCAGUUUUCUUUAGCCUUUUAUUUAUUUAGUUGUUCUGGGUAUUUUCCUAUGUAAUUUUGAAGUGUGUAGAGUAUAUUAUAGUAACUGAAGCUGCAGCUGUAAGAAGCUGAGUGAAAGAAAAAAAAAUACUGUAAGACAUCCUUUUUAAGUUUUUAUUUGUUUGGAUAACUGUAAGGAGAUCAGGAGAAGGAAACAACGUCCCACAGCCACAUUGACGAUACAGGUUCUUAUCCCCAGAUUAGGUUAGUUCCCAGAUUUUAGAUCAAACUGUAAUUCAUCAAAGCCCUUUUAUAAGGAUGAAUCAUACUGUUGUAAUUCUGACAGUCUUUUUCCCACAAAUACCAGAACUAUGUUUGUUUAAUUCUGUCAGAAGAGCUUUCUACCAAUGCCAUCUCAAAGCCAUGCUGAAAUCAUUCCCAUAUUAUCACUGAUUCUGGUUCCUGCGAUGGAACACUCCGAACAAAAAGGAGCAUCUGAACUGGUCUGGUUAUUUAUAUUCCAACAUGUUUAUUCCCUGUCACUUUCUUAGCAAGUCAGAUGCUACUCCGCCUAAGUCAUUUCAUAAAAUUUUGUUUGCACUCUGCAGUCUUUGGCUCAUCGUAUGGAAAAGUUUGCACCUAUGUAAAAUCUCAAGCAAAUUAUAAAUUGAUCCAGAACCAGGAGUAAGCUGGAAGCUGACACGUUUUGUUUAUACAGUGUGGGAGGGAGGGAGGGUAUCGAAUAGCUCUGUUCCAAGUUUGGCGUUUGGCAUUAAUGUGAAGCAGUGGGACCAUGCUGCCUGCUAAACUACUGUAUGAAUCCCAAGCGUUCUGGAGACCAGCAGCUGGAGCUGGAGGCCGGCACCCACCCAGCAGAGAAGAGCCACCGUGGCCUCGCUGGGGAGAAGGCAGGAAGUCCCGCCAGGCCUGGAAUCAGCAUUUGCAAAGGGAAAGUCGGGGUGUCCGUGAUGCUGUUGAGGAGACUCACCUUUGAUUGCACUGCUCCAUAGAGCCCUCACAUAAGGCCAAUUCUAAUGGGCUACCUCGGCUUUAAAAGUUAAUUUCAGUAAGUCCUGUUUCAAAGGUCUGUCUUUUUUUUUUUUUUUUUUUUUUUGCUUCUACCUUCAGUGCCACUGUUUCCCACUGCAGUGUUUUGACUUCCCAAACCACCUUCUCCAGAGAGAACAAUGUAUUGCUGAAAAUGGGCAGCAGAAGCAAAUGUCAUUAUUACAUUUGACCUAUAAAGUAUUCAGAGUGACUGCUAGGUGGAAAUGAAAAUUUAGCUCUCCCCACAUAGGACCUUGUUUUGCACCUUAUAAAGAGUGUACUAAUUGUUAAUUAGAUGUUGCUUUUAUUUAUACAAGCAUUCCCAAAGAGUUAGAUUUGGAUUUUGUUCUUACUUGAGUUUUUGGGGUUUUUAAAACUCAUCUUAUUUAGAUUAACUAACAUCAUACUCACGUUAAGAAACAAGUUGUUCAGUUUAUCUUACCAGAUAUGUCUGGUGAAGUAUUCAGGGUUUGAUGGACUGCUUUGCUUUAGUUUGGAAGUGAUAGCUAAGUUUAUUAUACUCCAUAUUAAAUCACCUUGUCCUUUUCACUGGGGACAUUAUUUUCUUUCUAUUUCGGAUCAAAGAAGUGACAACAAAAAUAGUGAACAACAAGACAAAUAUAUUUGAUUCCCCCGAUACAGCUCCCAUCUGUGCUAUGCUUUCCUUAAAAAACAUAAGUACACAUUUUCUUCACACACAAAAAAUGCAAGUUUCGUCUCCUGGCCAAAUUUUAUUUGCGAUGGUAGGAUAUAUACUAAUAAGUUGAAGGAGGAAACCGUCUACUAAGUUCUCUGGCCACUGUUAUCUUGUUGCAGUCAGUGGUCAAAAUUGAUCCUGCCCUCAAUUGGUUUUUGUGCACAGAACUAGUUGUCAUGAAAAUUACUACUCCUUCCAAAGAUUGCCCGGUCACUUGGGCCAUAACUGGUUACUGAGUAACAAGGACCUAAUUCAAUGCCUCCGAACCCUCCCACCUGCACCGCAGUCAUACCUCACAGGCUCUAACGUGAAUCACAAGGGCACGUGUGUUUCACCAACUAACACUGCUGGUCCUUGGCAGUUGCCGGGGGCCGGCCCAUGUCCCUGGACGCCUCAGGUUAGCGCCUGGGCUCUCAGAACAGCAGAACUGGGGGUGGGGCAGGUCUGUGACCUGGAGCUCGGCACACGCUCAGCAACAUUCUUCGCGUUUCAUUAGCACUAAACAAGUCUCUUGCUCUCAGGAAUUUGUCCAAAAAAGAAUAAAAACCACCUGAGACUCCAUUGUUCCAGAUUAUGAACUUUUCUCAUAGGUUUGAAUUGCUUACUUACAUGUCCUAAAUUAACCAUGGCUUCAUUUGACCACCAGGUCUUAAGUCUGUUGACAGUUUCAGCAUGACUGAAUUGCUCAUUUUUUUGCUUUCAGAAAUUGGCUUGGUUCUCUUUAGAGUUGGUGUAAACAUGCCAUGUAAUAAAUGAUUUCCACUUAAUGGUACAACAGAAUUAUUGCUUUCUUAGAUGUAUGUGUAGUAAAAGUCAAUAUACACAUUUAUAUAAUUUCUUUCUUCAAAAUCUUAUACUUAAUUUGAUAUUUCUAAAAAUUGCACAUGUAAGUCAUGUGUAUAACAUGCUAAAGUACUUUAACUGUGAUCUUAAAACUGAAUAAAAAUAUUUAAUAAAAAUUUGAAAUAUUUUAAAGAUAUUAUUCAAAUAUCUUUCUUUACAUUCACACCCCUGUCUGUAGAGUAAGUGCCUUCAGUAUACCCUGUCUACUAAAAACAGUAGGGAAAACACUGUAACAAAAGAUACUUCAGCUCUUUCAGAAUGCAAAUGAUGACCUCCCCCAAACUGUUUCCUGAUAGUCCCAGCGUUUGAGUGGCUUGGGCUGCUUCUCCCUAAUGGGGAGAGGAGAAAUCAGCCUGACAGAAGAAAGAUCUGCUUCAUUCUGCCACUUAGGAGCAGGGCCUCCCUGGGAAAAGCAUGACCUUGAACAUAUCAACUCUCCCUGAACUGUAAUAAAACUAUGGAGGUGAUAACCCGUAACCUAAAGUAUAAAUUCAGACCUCAGUCUUGCUGGAUGCGAUGUCCUGAACCUUAGAACUUUGGCUAUGUUGUUUUAAUCCUUCAGAAGAGCACACACACAUAGUAUAUAAAUACAGAGUAUAAUGAUACCACAGGCUUUGUUCAGACAGAGUUGGCUUCAAAGUCUGGUUCCACUUACCCAUUUAUCAUUGGGCUUUUCGACCUCCUUGAACCCCACUUCAAUUACAAAAUGAUGGUGGUGAUAAUGCCUCCUCACACUUCUGCUCGGAUGAAAAAAAAUACUUAUGAAGUUAGGGCCUGUAACAGAAAUGUUCAUCAAAUGGGAAUUGUUGAUUUUAUGAUUUUUUAUUCCGACUCAAAAGUUGAUAUGUUUAUGUAUAUUUGAAAGAGACCCUAAGUAUAGCUAGCUUCCUGUUUAAACUUGUAAGGGCCUGCUGCAUGAGGAGUAAGCUAUAGCAGGAAAUACAAUACGGUGUAAAACUCAAUAUGUUAAAUUCACAUUAGGCAACUCACGCUUGUGUAUGUAGCACUAUGGGAUUUUUCCAUAAAAUUAGUCUGCCUGAUGAAUUACAUGUCCAGUACUCCAGGACGCUUUUUUUUUUUUUUUAAUUACUAGGAAUGAAAUGUGUUGUAGUGAUGAUGGAAGCUCCAUACCAAAGAAUAUAAAUUCUAUUAGAAAAAAAGAUAACGGGUUAGACGUGUGUGGUUUUAUGGUUCUAUAUGUAUUACACAGAUCUGUCCUUUGGGGUAGAACAUAGUCUCUUGCAAGGAAACAAAACAGUUAUCACUAAGUGAGCUAAAAGUAAUACCACUGACUCCAUUCCAUACAACUGAAAGAACAUAAAAUCGUUAAUCGUAAUUUUUCAGCAACCUUUUCACCUUUUGAAACUAUGGAAAAUUUCAAACAUGCAAAGGUAAGAGGCUAGCAGAGUGAAUUCCAUAGACCCAUCACCCACCCAGCUUCAACAAAUACUAAUAUUUUCCCAAUUCUUGUUUCAUUUGUAUUUUACCCAUUUUUCCUUCAUUUCAUCUCCCAACCCUAGCUAUGCAUAUCCAAGAAGUGUGAUUUCAUGUAUAAAUACUUCAUAUACAGCCUUUAAAAACAAAUAUUUUGAUAUGCACAAAUUUUCUUUUUUUAAUGUAUCGCCUCCUCACGCUUCCAAAAAUAUGUUUGUUUCCUGCCCAAAGCAAAAGGAAUCCGUGAGCCACAGGAAGAGUCGUGCUGGAGGGAAGAUAAUUUGGAAUUUGGUUAUGCUGUUCCCGCUGAGUGUCUCUAGAUUUACCUUUCUUGACCCAGUGUUCAGAAGAGAGCUUCAUCGGAGAGACCCUUUUCUUGGCAUGUCUUUAUUUGUUUAUUUUCAGCCUUGCUUUUUAUGACCUUUCCCUUUUUUCCAGACAGUGUCUAAAAAGUCCCAAGGGCUAAAACUUUUAUAAUUUUAUAUAAAACUUUAACAAACUUGUAUGUCCUCUACACUUUUCCCUCCACUGGUGUUCCCACUCGGGUUUUUCUCUCUCAGACUUACAAGAGUGAAAUCUGUGGAGGAGAACAGUGGAGACAAAAUUUUAGAUGAGCUCUGGAAAGCGGGUUGCCAAAAGGUUGAAAAAAUCUGGAACCCUGAGUCAACAGGCCAGAAAUUAAAAGCGUAAAAUGAAGUCGCUCCUGGAAGAGAGAAAAUGGUAACUCUACUUUACGGCUCAACCCACUUGGAGAUCCCUCACCCUAGGGAAUUUUAUAAAAGGUCAUUUUGUCUCAAGGUUGUGUAUUGCAGAAGUCAGAAAAGAAAAAUGUGAAGAUUGAAAGUUUCUUGAGAAUGAUGGAGGGUGAAAGGGGAAAAGGGAAAGUUCAGACAAACAGGUCUUUCCAGUUCGAUGUCUGAAAGUCAAAAUGGUUUUAAAGCCAGCAUGAAAAUAUUUCCAAGAAAUGUACUCAAGUAUCAGUGAUUACAUUUUCCUGGUUUGUACUACUAUUGGGCUGUGGAGCUUAUGAAAGGCACCUUGAAUACAUACGAUUCAUAUCUUCCAGAACCAAGCAUGAAAGUACUGAAAAGAUAUACAAACAGUGGAAAUAUACUUGGUAGAUGCAGAAAUAGGCAAUGAUUUGCCAUCUAAUUUGAAGCAUGUAUUUGAAGUAUAAUAGGAAAGCUGUAUGAUACAAUUUUAAAUUAUUUUUCCUCCAAGAUAUUCUAUAAUUCUUGAAACUGGAGAAAUUCAGAUGAUGUUUUAUAAUUUUAAAUUUUCAUUUCUCCCAUACUAUCUCUUAGGCAUUUAUACAUUUAUAAGUAUACUAGAAAUAAAAGAGCAAUAUUCUGCACAGUCCUAGAAGAGCUAAGCCCUUUUUGUAAAUAGAAUAUGAGGUAUUUAACACACUGAUGCUAGCCUCACCUUCAUUAAAAUUGUUAUUGUAUAUCAAUCAAAAUCAAGACUGUAUUGUUAGAAUAAAAUUGCUUAAAAACCCUG